AUGGACUAUACAGCGUAUGCCAGUGCUGCUGAUCCGAAUUACCAAAAGUCUUUGACCAGCAGGAGCCAGUCAAAGGUCAAGUUCAGUGCGACCUUCCCCCACAAGUAUUGCUCAGUCAAUCCGAGGCAGCCUGAUGGUCCUUUUGUUCUCAAGUUCUCAAUCAAAGCUGAAGGGGAUCGUUGUAUUAUGAUCAACACAGUCGCGCCCAUCGUUGGGCUGCAGUCAGUCAUCGAUCGAGACAUCCUGAGUGGAUUACCAUGCAUCGUCGUCCGAGAGCUCCAUUGUCAGGGCCAUCCUCGAAAUCAACCAGUCUUCUCCCUCAAACUAGACGUGUUCUACUUGGAUGAAUAUCACAGACGCGAGGAGCUCUCACCUCCUGAUUUCAACCCGAAGGACUUUGCAAUCCUUGGUCCAGAAGGAUACGAGGGCGAAUACAUAUUGAACCAGCCUUUUGAAUUCCUUCAGUCGAGAGUGGCGUGUGGAAUCAUGUCACCCGGGAGGAGCUAUCACUUGGACACAGGACCUCUGAACGCGACUUGUUACAAAUGCAACGACGGAUCAUGUCCAGACCAUCAACCACGAAUAAAGACCGUACCAGUCGAACUUGAUUCGUUUACGAUGCCUGUGUUCAGUUUGACAGAUUAA